AGUUGAGAUCUCGCUCUCGACACAGACACAGAGAGUAUGCCCGGUAUGGACAAAGAUGAACAGCCCACUUCAUAAUUGAAGUAACACAGAGAAAGAUAUAAAAUCUCUAAUGUGUAAUACAUGUAGUGGUAGGUGAACAGCAGUCGCCUUCGUCCCUGUCGUUCCGACGCUUGACCAGCAGGUGGCGGUGACGAGCCACGUUCUGUCCACGACAGCAGUAGAAGAAGCGUCUUGAUCUGCAGAGCGCGCUUCUUCAGGUCGGUCGGUCGGUCGGCAACAAUAAUAAAACAACCUGAGCCCCGCGAGCUCACCGCUUUGACACGGGACGAGUUUGUUAACAAAUGUACAGGCCUGCACCUGACAGUGGAUCUGAGGUAGAUGGCUUGGAGUCAUUCAUUCAGUCAGUGUCUGUAAGAGUAGAGUAUUUCAGGUCGCUCGAGUAUUGUGUGAAGUGGAAGAAGUCCAUGUAUCCCCAACGCUCGUCCAGGCCGAGGAGGCCCUCGGAGAAGAACCCGCUGAGAAGUUCCAGCCCUGAAGAAGAAGAGGACGUGAAGUUGAGGGGAAGGAGACGGAGGGCGGGGCAGAGGACGACCAACGCUAGCAGGGGCGUGGUCAAUACAGACGAGGGGAGCAACCGUGACAUGAUCGACGCCAUCGAUGACGCACAAUACGGCAAGCGUGGUGCGGAGGAGGAGGAGGCGGACGGAAAGUUUGUAGAGGUAGCCGACAAAGGAGUGGAUGAGUCAGAUGAAGACUGUGACUCUGUGAACAGCAGCAUCUGCUCCGGCCCCUCCAUCUUACAUCCCACCACUCACAACACACGGGUGCCAUCGCAGAACUUGUGCUCGCCCUGUCGGGAGAUGUACAAGAAGGCGAAGGCGACGAGAGCACCGAUCAAAGACAAACUCUUAGACAACGAUCCCAAGUCGCUGACAUGUGACCAGUGGGUCCUGAUCAAAAAGUGGAGACCCCGAAGGCGGCCUGAUGCAAGAGGGAACCUUUUGAUCCACGUGAAGCUGGUGAAGAAAAGACUCAGGAAAGGAGUGACGCAGAUUGAGCAAAAUAAGAGAGAGAGCGAGUCAUUAGCCUGCUCGAGGCUGCACACUUUUCUACGGAGGAACCUCAGGCGUUGUGUCCAAGCGCCAGUGAAAAAGGAGAGGAAGAUGAACAAGAGGAGAAAGAGGCCAAGAGAUGAUUCCCAGGGUACUCGUGUUGCUAAGCAGCAGCGUCUUCACGGCCACAGUCGCCGCCAAAGCAAUAGUAAGGGCCGUGCUCAUGAUGGCGACAUCCACCCGACCAGCAGUCGCAGUCGCAGCAGCAGCCCUGCUACUGAGACUUGUAGCGAUCAAAAAAUCGACAAUCAAGCAGACACAUGCGUGACCAAGUUGAUUCCCUGCACAGUCAAUCUGGAGAAAAUGGAGGCCAAAGAUCCCCCCAGCAGGCCGAAAACCCCGAAGAUGUCUAGUGGAUUCAGAGGCCUACUCGCCCAGCUGCGCAACAACAGCAGCAUGAUCGUCAAAGAAACACAUUAGGGAGGCGCCUCUGGUUUCCUCCAAACCCGUUCUAACAGCUACAGCGUCUGGGUGCUGAUGCAGCUACUUCUUGUGUUGCCAGGUUGGUUUUCGGUGUUAUCUCGUCUGGCUUUGUUCUCCUCUGUAAAUAAUUCUUGUCACAUACCUGGAGUUUAUUGACAAACACCAUUGCAGUUUAUGUGCACAUUUAUUUAUCUUAAAUUUCAAUAUACCAUUUAUUUAAAGUUGUACAAAACUAGAUGACUAAAUAAAUGUGUGCUGUUGUUGUA